ACGUAGCUGUAACAGUGGAGCAGGCCUUGGCACCGAAUCGGGAGGUCGCCAAUUCAUCCAUCAGAUCCAUCUUUGAUUGAAACCUCUCUGGCAGACUCUGGCAGACUCGGGCGAGCACUGAUGUGUCAAGCCUGGAUUGCUCGGUUGGGCGAUGGAUCCCCUGUCCAUUGAUUAAUCUAUCUCCCUUCGUUAUGAUGUAGGAUCCUCACUCAGUUAGUUGUGCUACGACACCAUCGAGACAGCCAUCCGGGAACUCGUCGUCGUCGUCUACUGGUCGUGGUCCUGGUCCCUGGUCGUUGGUCGUGGUCGUUGGUCCUCCCACCCAAGCCAAGGUUACGCAAGUUCUCUCUUCCGCACCUCGUUGCUCUCAUUGUUCGCUCCUCUCUCCCUUCUAUCCGCCAAUCCGUACCUGUCUACCCGAACCUCAGUACUAAUGCUACAUUUCAACUUCCACCGCAGUAUCUGUCUUACAUUCAGGAGUAUUGGCAGUGCUGGACAGCCCUUAACCCUUGAGCGCUUGUCAUCGAUUACUCUGGCCAUGGUGGUGUUUCAAAACGAAUCCUCUUGGCCGUCAUCGUCGUCAUCGUCUGGCGUUUAGGCAUCUCUACAUCUCACUUAGUGAUAUAACUUACCUUGUGAUUUGCCGCAAAAAUGGCCGCCACUACCACCAACGCCUUCACCGGCAAUACGUCCAUUCUACGUCGACGGAGGGCUUUCGAUACUCGCCCUCUUUAUACAACUAUUUUUAUCUUUACUUUUCUUGCUGUAUAUUCACUUGUGAUUAAGAAACAUUAUACCACAUACGCGUCUGCAUCUGCACCUGCACCUGCACCUGCCCCUUUAUCUGCAUCGACGCGAUAUCGCCAUGAUCAGCGAAGCUUGGCCUCCUUGUCCGACGAGGAUUGUCGCUUGGUCCACUACGCACCCGAUCAGUGCGCCUUUGUCAAGCGCAACUGUCGCGACGAAGAAGCUGGCCUUGUCGAGUAUCUGACCUUCUACUACUGCAGCCUCGGCCGCGUGCAGCCCUUGGCAUUUAUUAUCUUGGUCCUCUGGCUUGGCCUGCUCUUUACCACCAUCGGCAUCGCUGCAAGUGACUUUUUCAGCGUCAACCUCAGCACCAUCUCUACCUUUCUCGGACUGAGCGAGAGCUUGGCCGGUGUGACCUUCCUGGCCUUCGGAAAUGGCUCGCCCGACGUCUUUAGUACCUUUGCCGCCAUGGGCUCCAACAGUGGGAGUAUGGCUGUUGGUGAGCUGAUAGGUGCCGCUGGCUUCAUCACCACCGUCGUCGCCGGCUCCAUGGCUUUGGUCCGUGAAUUUAGGGUCGCCAGGAAGACUUUUAUCAGAGACAUUUGCUUUUUCAUAAUCGCCGUGGGUUUUGCAGUGGGUUUUCUCAUCGACGGACAACUGCACUUUGCCGAGUGUCUGGUCAUGAUUGGCUUCUAUGUUUUCUAUGUAGCUGUCGUCGUCGGCUGGCAUGCCUACACCAAGAAGCGCAGUGCCCGGAGAGCCAAGGAAGCCGCUGCUCGGGCUCAUUUCUAUAGAACUACCGGUGACUCUGGCAAUGAUGAACUAGAACCUUACCGAGAUGCGCCCGACGAUGAUGAGCCUUCCACGACACGAUCUGGAUCUGCCCCUAUAGAUAUAGAGGCGUUAGAGCGAACCCCCUUGAUUGAAAUCGGAAGUACUGAUGGAGAUGGAGAUGAUCACUCAGACCAGAACCAACAUGUUGCUGCCGAAGUAACAAGUAGCAUGCGAGUCAACCGGCCGAGAGGACGACGUAGCAAUACGACCAUCACCCCAAUUCGCCCAAGUCUGGUCGGUGCACUCGAAUUCAGGUCGAUAUUGGCAUCCCUGCAGAGGGAAGGAAAUGUGCGCAUGAGGCCGAUCCAUACUCGUACCUAUUCAACCAUUAGCCAUCUGCAUGUCACUCCUCAUUCAGCAGCUCAGGAACACGCUCUGCUGUCUCCUAGUACAGACGAUGGCGAAACAUCUCAGGCAACCAGAAAUCGCGCCCUCUCUUCAGGCGAUAUGCCAGUAGCAAUCGACCAAGAUAUAGCGCAGCGGCAAUUGGCACCACCUCAUACUAUAGGUGGUAGAUUGGCCCCUCCUCCUUUGAAUGACAGAUUGUCCGAGACCUCUUCCCUCGACAAUGAGUCUGAGUUUUUGACACCUACAUUGUAUCAGCCACGUACAAGCCCCUCCAAUAGUGAGAGAUCAACACCACAACUAUCUCCUUUCCCCGACUACACGGAUUCGCCCCUUGUAAUGACCCCAACACAGCCGCCGUCAUUCCUAACUCUCCCGUCCCCUGUUGUAGAGCCUCCCUCAACGUCUUCAAGCCUGACAGGGCCCACGGGCCCCAAACCUGUGAAAUGGUGGCCUUAUGGCGUUUUGCCCCCGCCACACAUAAUGUUGAGCACUCUCUUCCCUACGUUGCAAUCAUGGCGCACCAAAUCAAUUUGGGAUAAAUUCCUUAGUAUCAUAUCUUUACCAAGCAUUUUCUUACUCGUUAUAACAUUACCGGUCGUGGAGACUGAGUCGACCCAUGACGAUCAUGAAGAAAUCGUUGUGGACCAGCCAUCAGUUCCGUCAGUAGCCAUUGAGGUUGAUGAGCCCACCGAAACGGAAACCGAGUGGCAGCGCUAUAGGCGAAGCACUAUAUCCACAGGAACGAGUCGCAGCCCGAGUCCGUCACCCAGUCGUACUAACCCAGACGACUCUCGAAUCGCCAUAAUGGGCGCUGAAACUCCAAUUGCACCAAUCCAGCCCACCAUAGAGGUGCACCCCCCAAAGCCGCCCUCAAGUUUGGGGCAAGACACUUCUACAAUAGUAGACGAAGAUCAAGGGUGGAAUCGCUGGUUGUUGAUACUCCAAAUAUUCAUUGGCCCUCUAUUCUGUGUAUUGAUCGUGUGGGCGAAUCUAGCUGAGGAUCUGGAGAAUCCCAUCAAGGUGCUCGUGCGGUCCCUGCUGAUAUCCCUAGUCUCUUCGCUCGUGUUACUUGCUCUUCUCCUCAUGACCACGUCGCCUAAUAGCAGACCGAAGUAUCACGUGGCAUUUUGUUUUCUCGGCUUUAUUAUUGCCAUCGCCUGGAUAUCCACAGUGGCAGGUGAAGUGGUUGGCGUGAUGAAGGCCUUUGGCGUCAUACUCGACAUAUCAGAAGCAAUCCUAGGUCUGACGAUAUUUGCGGUCGGCAAUUCUGUCGGAGAUCUCGUCGCUGAUGUCACGGUGGCCCGGCUAGGUUACCCCGUGAUGGCAUUAUCGGCGUGCUUCGGCGGGCCUCUGUUGAACAUCCUCCUCGGUAUUGGCCUCGGUGGAGCGUAUCAAACAAUCUCUGCCGCAAACAAACACCACGCCAAACAUCCUGACAAACCGUACCAUUACAAGCCGUACCACAUACAGGUCACGGGGACACUGAUGGUUUCCACCAUCGCGUUACUCAUCACAUUGUUCGCGCUACUCGUCGUCGUGCCGAUGAAUAAGUGGAUGAUGACGAGGAAGAUUGGAUGGAGUCUCAUUGGUCUGUGGACUGCUAGCACUGUGCUGAAUCUUGUGAUAGAGGUUACUGGAGUAUGGCAGGACGUGGCAUAAUUCCUGUCACGCGCAAGGAAACGUUUUUGUUUUGUUUGGCUCAGGCUAGACCAUUGUGUUAUUGUGUUAUUGUGCUUCUACGGCGUUGGUUACGAAAGCGCCUAAU